AUGCGUGUGAGAGAGAGACCAGGGACGUAUAAUCCUCAAGUUGAACAAAUAUCUCCAACCUUUCCUGAUCAAUUAACUCAAGAUGACCAAGCAUUUAGAACCACUAAAGAUGAACUAAUUCAGCAAAUAGGGAAAGUUGACCGAGAAAUUGCAAAAGCAGAGUCACAAAUUACUAUCUUAAAAAAGAAGCAGACAGAAUUGGAAGAAUUGGCCAAAAAACCUGCUGUUAAAUUAGAAGUAGAGGAAGAUACCACGCCGAAACAUCAAAGUUUACCUCAGAAAAUAUAUGCAGAAAAUAGGAAAAGAGCACAGAAUGCACAUGCACAGCUGGAUUCCUUAGGACCGAAUGUAGAAUGGCCACUUUACAACCAACCAAGUGACGCUCCCGUAUACAAUGAAAACAAAAGAAGAAAUGCCUCAUUUAAACGAAGACUUCUAGAAUACUUUAAAAAAAAAAAUAGCGAAAAGGAAUCACGGAAUUUAUACUUGACUGAUACAUAUAGCAGAAUGAUGCAAGAAUGGUUAAGGAAAGUAGAUAAAAUAGAAUUGAGCACAAAAAGGAAGGCAAAAGAGAUAAAAAACCGAGAGUUCUUUGAAAAAAUAUUUCCAGAAUUAAGAAAACAGAGAGAAGAUAAGGAAAGGUUCAACCGUGUUGGAGCUCGAGUAAAAUCAGAGGCGGAUAUGGAAGAAAUAAUGGACAAUUUACAAGAGCAGGCUCUAGAAGACAAAAAAAUGAGGAGUUAUGCUGUAAUACCACCAAUUUUAAUUGACAAAAACGAAAGGAAACUUAGAUACGAUAACCAUAACGGGUAUCUGGAUGACAUGGAAGAGGUCUAUAAGAGUAGGAAGUUUCUUAAUGUUUGGACAACAGCUGAAAAGGAACUUUUUAAAGAAAAGUAUUUACAGCAUCCAAAAAAUUUUGGAAUUAUAGCGUCAUAUUUAGAUAGAAAGUCAGUGUCAGAUUGUGUACAGUACUAUUAUUUAAGUAAAAAGACCGAAAAUUACAAACAGUUAUUUAGGAAAGCAAGGCAGCGGACAAGAAGCUCUAGAAAUACUACCCAGAAAAUUAAUAGUGGUUCCAAUACUUCUGUUAUUGACAUUUUGACGACGGGUGUCACUACCCGUCUUCAACGAGAGCAACAAGCAAGAACAGUGGUACAGCCAUCGUCUAGAAUUGAAUCAUCUUCAAAUCAACUUCAGCUACCUAUCAGUGAAUCCGCUGCCUUAGUGGCUACUCCGCCAUCGGCAUCAACUCCAACGCCUUCUGCUACUACGGUAACGCCCACAAUUUCAUCAAUAGGAAGUCCCUUAGGGCUGGCAUCAACAACACCAACCACAGCAGGCGCAAUGCCCACAUCUUCACCUACCGCGUCUGCGACAUGUUCGGAAAUGUCUUUUACUAGUACUUCCGUGAUCUCCAGUAAUACCAAUGGGAUAUCUUCAGUAAUGGUUACCAACACUAUAGAGGAAGAUCAUACUACAACUCCCGAAAUGACGUUUUCUACAAUAACCUUUAGUACACCUACUACUUCGAUGAAUGACUCAACAAAACCAAAGAUUUUCUUAGGGUUUUCUGAGACACCAAUAUCUCCAACAAUUGUAAAGGAUGAAUCAAUGUCUCCAACAAAAGGUACAUAUACUUUCGACAGUGAAGAUCUAAAAUCAGAAAGUAUUAACUUACUUAGCUCGCCUGCCAUAAAACAAGAGAUUGUAGAUGUACUGACUCCCAAAAAUGAUGGAAAUUCACAAGAAAUCUUUAGGGGUCAUUCUUAUAUGCCCUGUGAUCAAGACUUGGAAUUUGUUAAACUAAAUAUUAAAAAACAUGGCAAAAUUUAUUCAAUUGAGAUUGAAGUCAGUUAUAAGACAUUAAAUAGGAAUAAAAUCAACCCAUGCAACUUGGGAGUUGGUGUUUCAGAAGUUAAGUAUAUUAGAGAUGGAGGAGUUGCUAUAAGAUGUACGGGUAAUGGAAAAGAAAAUGUACAGGAUGUCUGUAAUAAUAUAAAAAUGUCAUUGGGCCAGUCCUAUGAUGUAAAAGUACCUGAAAAGAUGAAUCCCAGAAUAGUAGUGGUUAACUUAGAUAAAAAGGAUAUAGAAGAUGAAGAUCUUCUAAUUGAAAAAAUUGUAGUACAAAAUGGUAUAACAACAGAACCAAGUUCCUAUGAUGUAAAAGUACCUGAAAAGAUGAAUCCCAGAAUAGUAGUGUUUAACUUAGAUAAAAAGGAUAUAGAAGAUGAAGAUCUUCUAAUUGAAAAAAUUGUAGUACGAAAUGGUAUAACAACAGAACCAAGUGUACGAGAACUAAAGGUAAUCCAUACUAUGAAAAACAGAAAAGGAAUGUAUAAAGGACAUAACUUCCCGUCUAAAGAAGACCUCACUUUUAAAAAAGACCUAGUUGUGAACUGGCUCAACAAACACAAAUACGAGCCAGCAGAAAAUCUGACGAUUGACACUGACACCCAAACUGACCCGUGGCAUGGAGGCUCCCAGAAAAGAAUCAGUAAAUUAGAUAAUAUCAACAGUUUUGAAACCUGGGAAGAAACGGCUAACCUGACAUGGGAUGACAAGGUAUACAAGAGGACCAAUGUAGUUAUCGGUAAUCCUAUUACCACCGGAAACGACAUCGUUAAGGUCGUCAUGGUAGAACCAAACGACCCUCAAAUGAGCAACAGUAUUCAGAGGCUAUAUAGGGAUAAAUACCCAGAGUUGGCAGAACUUGAAGCAGAUUAUGAAGUACUCGAGCAAAGCACUACAAUUAAAUCAAAAGGGGCAAAGGAGACCAAAAAAAUAAUAAAAAUUAAACAAAAUGGGGACAGAAAACAAAUCUGGGAAAAAAUCAACAUGGUGAAGGAAGAAGUGGGUCAACAAGGUAAGGUCGCUCUCCACCAUGUUAAUGCCAUGUCGGUAGAUGAACUCCGGAAAAUGUGUGAAAUAAUUUUCCAAAAAACAGAGGUGACUGUAAACAUCCAUACUACGAACAAACGGAAGGAGAGGGCCACAUACGGUAUGAUUGUUACCAAAAAAGAUGCCGCUUAUAAGGACAUACUACAGACUGUGAAAACAGCUGUAAAGUCAACUGGCGCAGCAGAGGCCGUACACUCGCUCAGAAGCACAAAAGAGGGAAAACUUCUCAUCACCAUGGAGAAAGACCAAGCAACACUACAAAAAAUAAAAACUGCCCUUGGAACAACAGAGGAAGGUCUCAGAGCAUUCCAAAUAGGAGAAGAACACAUAACGGAAACCAUACAUAUAAGAGGCAUGGCAGAGGAUGCCACGACGGAGGAGGUUAUCGAGGCAUUCCAAGAGCAAAUAGGUAAGUGGGAAGACCACUACAAGAUAGGAAAGAUGCGACCACUGAGGGGCAACACCCUUGCCACAACAAUUGUCAUCCCGGCCAGAGUAGCUAAAAUACUUUUGAGCAGAGAUUUUCUCAGAGUUGGGGUAUGUAGAUGCAGAGUCGAGAAAAGACUAAAACUAAAAAGAUGUAGCAGAUGUUGGGCAUACACGCAUGACACCGAUAAAUGUCGAGGCCCUGAUAGGAGUGGUAUGUGUUACCGUUGCGGUAAAUCAGAGCACGAAGCAGAGAAGUGUCAAGAGGAAGAAAGGUGCGUUCUUUGUAAUGACGCCCAUAGAACUGGCAGCAUGGACUGCACACAUUUUAAGAAGGCCCUUCAGGAGGCGAGAUAUCAUGAAAAACUUAGAAAACAGCAAGAAGAAUACGCGGAUGUCUUCCCUCCUACGCUCACUCCCAUACCUCCUUUCCCUUCUCCAAACAAGGUUCAUGUUAACUCCCUUUUGGAGUCCUCCAAAUCUCUAUGCGACGAAGCUACAGCUACCUUUAGUGUAGUGACGUUGUCACAGGGAGUCCUGACAACUUCAGUCUAA